AUGGAGCAUCUUCAACCUCUAUUUCCAAUCAGUCUUUUACCUUGUACUCGGAUAAGGAGCAGAUGGCCCGGAUUCUUCACUGGUUUCACGUCGUUGGUGGUGAGUUUCCAGUGUGUCGAAAAAAGGGUUGAUUUCAUGGACGUAUUGGCUAAGAAGUGGGUGGGUAGUCCCCGUUUCCAUGAAGUAGAUCUUUUUGAUAGGGUGUUGCCCUCGUUCCCAUUUCGCAAUGAAGCUUUUAUUGCAUGUGCUUCUGCUAUCCAGGAUGUUGAGCGUUGUCGUGCUGCUGAAGAGCCUUCUCGAUCAGAAUCUAUUGAUCAUGUGAGUGUGGAUGUUGGCAUUGAGUCAUAUGGAAAUUGGUUGAGUGAGGAGGAGUUUGUGGCUGAUACAAGCUUGAAUGUUGCCCUUGUUCAAAAUGAAGUGAUUGAUAUUCUUGAUGAUGGGAAUGUAGAGAAGGUUUUUGUUGAAGAAAAUGUUGUUGGCCCUAAGACGGUUAUUUUGCGAGCAUCAGAGCAUUUGGAUGUUAGAGUUGAGAAGAGUGACGUGGGGAAAGCGCCUUGUCUUUUGCAUUUUGGGCAUGGUAAGAAUCCAUUGGUCGGUGCUAGUGAAGUUAGGGAUUCAAGUGGUGUAGCAUUUUCCUUUGCUUGGUCUUUGAAGGACGACUCACACCUUUCCUUGUUUGAGUCUGCAAUUGAUUUUGCCAAAAAUGCAUUUCCACCUGUUGCGGAGAAGAAAAUGCUUGAGGAUAGUGUGAUGAGGUUGGAGCGUGAUAAGCUUGCCCUGGGUGCUGCGAUUGGUCAGUUGAAGAAAGAAAAUGAAGGUUUGAGAAUCCAACUGGAAAGUUUUGUGAGGAAUUUGGUGGAAAAGGAUCAAGUGGUGGAAGAGAAGUCUAUGUUAUUGGGAGGUUUUGAUCGUGAUCUUCCAUGGGUGAUGAAAGAGGGGUUGGCUUGGGUUGUUGACCAUGUCUUAGAGAGUCCAAAAUUAGGCUAUGGGGUGAACAAGUUUCGUGAGGCGUGUGUAGUUGCUGGUAGGGCAUUAGGCAUAGAGGAGGCGAAGAAGUUAGUUGGUAGUGCCUUGGAGUUGGCAGUGGAUGAUGGUGUGAAUCAUGCAAAGAUUAUGGAGGAAGCGUUAGAUGCUUUCGCUUCUCUUAUUACAUAUCGGUUUUGGGAUUUGAGGAACUGGAUGUGA